CAGAUGGAUGUGUGUGCAGAUUAUUUCCCAAUAUUGGAGUUUGUCCCUCGCUAGUUUGUCCGAUGGAGUCUGUGGACUGCUCUCUGGUGUUGGGGCUGGAUUUGGGCACGAGUUCUAUAAAGGCCGUGCUCCUGGAUGCCUGUUCUGGGAAUGUGGUACAGAGCCAGACCCUGGAGACACAAGCCGGGGUAGAAAGUAGCUGUGGACAGCAGGGAAAGGAGCAGGAUGUUUGUCGUAUAAUCAGAGCUCUGAAUGCUUGUCUCGCCUCUCUCCCCAAAGAAAGACUUCAGAAAGUUGUACGGAUCGGAGUGUCAGGACAAAUGCAUGGAGUUGUGUUCUGGAAAACAAACCACGGAUGUCACUGGAUAAACAGUGAUAACCUGAGAAUAUUUGAACCCAAGGAAGUCAGUCAUCUUAUUACCUGGGAAGAUGGACGCUGUAGUACUGAUUUCUUGUCUUCUUUACCUGAACCAUGCUCUCAUCUAAGUGUGGCAACUGGCUUUGGCUGUGCAACUGUAUUCUGGUAUUUAAGAAAUAGACCAGAUUUCCUUCAACAUUAUGAUGCGGCUGGUACAAUCCAUGACUAUGUUGUUACUAUGUUGUGUGGAUUUCAAAGACCGCUAAUGUCUGUGCAAAAUGCAGCUAGCUGGGGAUAUUUUAACACCAGAAGCAAAACCUGGAAUACUGACAUACUACAGAAGUUUGGGUUUCCUGUUUCGCUACUUCCUGACGUAGUGGAUUCUGGAUUUAUAGCAGGGAAAACUUCUUUUGAGUGGUGUGGCAUUCCACAAGGGGCUGAAGUAGGUGCUGCCCUGGGAGAUUUUCAGUGUUCAGUUUAUUCUUCUGCAACAGAGAGUACAGAUGCAGUCCUCAAUAUUAGCACUUCUGCUCAGCUGACUUUCUCCAUGCCAGUGGACUUCCAGCCUCAAGACCACCCCUCACCUGAGGAACCUGUGACAUAUUUUCCAUACUUUAGGGAUCGUUACCUGGCAGUAGCUGCAUCGCUAAAUGGAGGAAAUGUGCUUGCAUCAUUUGUGACAAUGUUGAGUAGCUGGAUUUCUGAGCUAGGAAUUGAUGAUGUUUCUGAAUUCAGUAUAUAUUCCAAGGUUAUUAAAGCGGCUUUGUCCCAAAAAGAAACCAGUCUUACAGUGCAUCCCACAUUGUUUGGUGAGAGACAUAUACCUGAGAGCCUGGCUUCUGUGACAAACAUCUCAGCUGCUCACCUUUCAUUGGGUCAUGUAACCAGAGCACUGUGUCAUGGAAUCAUCGAAAACUUGCAUUCUAUGUUACCUUCUCAGCGACUAGAGGAAUCUGGUGUUAAGAGGAUUAUAGGUAGUGGGAGUGCACUUGCCAGGAAUGAUGUGUUAAAACAAGAAGUGGAGAAAGUAUUUCCAUUUCCUGUACUUUAUGGAAAGGAUGUUGAUUCAGCAGUAGGUGCUGCUAUGAUAAUGUUAAAUCCACAGUAAUGCCGUAUUAUUGCAUUUGAAUUUAAAAUGUGUAUUACACUGGAGAUGGUUUACCUCUAGGGUGAAUUGCAAAAUCUGUAUUUCUUUCAUAAGGUGGUGAGAGUCCAUGAGCCAUUACUCCUGCUAUUUAACUCCUGGCUGCUAGGUGGAGGCAAAUAUACCCAACAUUCCACAAGCUUUUAAUCCCUCUCAUCUCUCUACUAUCUGAGACCUAUGUGAGACUCUUUCUUCCCCUCAGCAACCCUGUAUUUACGUAGGGGAGAACAUUAGAGUAUUUAGGCAAUGAAUGUAAGUUCUCCUUUGGGAAUUUAUCACUAGCCUACCACAGAUGUUGAGGGGAAUGGUCCCUCCUGUUGGAUUAGUCUGCCACUGUUGUCUCAGGGACUUGUCUUGUCUCUUAGCCUCCUCUUGAUGGCAAUGGCUUGCUGUUCUAUUCUUUGUGAUAUCCUCUGCUGUUGCUGACACCGUACUGGAUGGGCUCUCUACUGGUAGCUGUCUUUUCUGCAGCUGUAAGCAUAGUUGAAUAGGCACAUCUAAGGUAAGUGCAGACAUUACAUUGCCCAUAGGCUAUUAGUAGGUACACCAAUUUUGAGGGACAUCAUAGCCAGGGGACACAUAUCUCAUAUACAGACAUUUCUACAUGUGUAGGUUACUUAUUAUAUUAGUCUAGUAUUUAUUUAUAUUGAAGAUUUGUAUCCUUUUCCUUUUUUUUUUUUUUUUUUCUUUGCACUCUCAUAUAUUUUUUUAGCUCACAUGGCUUUUUUAUUUCUAUCAGACGUUCCCUUUGUUAGCUUCUGUUUUAGAGCUUUGGGGAAUUUUUUCUAAGGUAGAUAUGAAAAUUACUGCUUUACCAUAUGAUUUAUUAUUCUCAUUGAGGAUAGAUAAUUCUAUGGACCCUAUGGUUAAAAAUGUGUUUUCUUUCCUUAGGUUCAGCAUAGCUGAGGUCAUUGCAGUCUAUUCAUUUUACUUUGUUAUGAAUAUCUGUCUGUCUGAUUUAAUUUCAGAUGUUUAUGUUGUUGAAGAUCUUUUGAAUCUUCUAAACUCAGUACAUUUCUUAUUUGGUAUAGUGAUUCAGUGAUUAUUCAUUUUAAUGCUAAGUUAUGACCUCUGCAGUCCACCCAGAAGAGCUCUGUAGCUCCUUUCAUGGUCAGCAGACAUGAUCUUUUUCAUAGACUUUAUUUCUGUUUUUACUCAGUAAGGAUUUCCUUUUCUCCUUUUUCACAAACUCUAGAUUUUUCCAGAGCUGCUUGGAAGUCUAGUAUCUUUUGGAUUAAACAAGCUGCUUCUGUGGCGACUAUACUUAGUUUCCACAUUAGGGGACGCAAACAAAUGAUUGAUAUUGCAAUGUUAUAUUAAGCAAUGACAUGUACAAUGAAAAAUGCAAUUGACAAGUCAAGAAUAUUAUCCUUAUCUGUAUGUUGUCACAGUCCAUGGGUUCAGUCCCAAAAUGAGUGGAUCCAAAAAUGCUGCGUGUGUUGAAUCUCUCUCUGGUGCUGGCUGCUCCUUAUAAUAUCUCCUCCAAACUGAAUUCUGUGAACAAAAGAUAACAAAAAGUGGGUGCCUCCUAGUGUAACUCUGUGAUGUCAUGAAUGGAAUACACAAUUCUUAUAGAAGAACCAUACUCACAAAGGUGGUAGCACCCAAUUGUGCUGAGUGAAACAGACUAGGGUAUCUCAGUGUCCCAGCUCACUGGCCCCUGGAACAGGAUAAUGCUCCUCUUUGUGGCUACUUGUUGUAGCUCAGGACAUAACAAACUCAGGAUUCCAGUACAGUGAUCUAAAACUUUAAUAAAAUCUCAACAAUAAAAACUGAGGGUGCAACAACAACCCUAAGUAUCUAAAGCUAUGUUUUAAAACAGUUGCAGCAUGUUUCUCAGCUACACUAGCUGUUUCAUCAAUCAUCUCCCAAUAGGAGAAUCAAUUUUCAGAAAAUUAUUUCUCAGUUAUAAUUUUUAUUUCUGAGGGACUUUGUUGACUGUAGCAUUCAACUUCUCUUAUGGAUCAAUGCAGAUCCAAGUUCAAACAGCUUGUUCUUUCUUCCAUUAUUUGUUCUAUGUAUGAAGUCUUGGGUGAGUUGUUUCACCAUUUGAUGUCACUUUGCUAGUUCUAUAUCAGCUUAGCUUGCUAUUCUCUUAGUACAGGGUUCACAAGUCUGUUUUCUUAGUAAUCGUUUUGGACUCCUCUUUAAAACAGUCUUUGUUCUAGUUAUUUAUUCUCUAUUCCAAUUUUCAGGAAGGGUUUUUAAAUAGUCUUUUUGGAAAAAAAAUUCUACUGACACCAGUUACCUUUAUCUUCGCACUUUGUGCAAUCUUCUUUCUUCUCAGACUUGUUUUUUUCAAGUCGGUCAAGAUCACUGCUGUGGCACAGAGGAUUCUUUAGUUUCCUUAUCAAUAAUGGAAGUCACUUAAAGUUGACUUGAACUGAGUUCUGUAUCCUUCUAAGUUUUACAUACUAGGAAUUAAUUUUGUGUGGAUGAUUGCUUCAUCUGAGAGAAGGGUUUCUCCUUCAAAGUGUUAUAUACCAGUUUGUGUAUCCAUGACUCUGUUUCACUUUUAGACCUCUAUGGUCUUUGUUUAAUCCUCUCGAUUCCAGAUACUGUGUCAAAACCAAAGUUAUUUAAUCUGUUUCUGUAGGUUUCUACAUCUAUUUGGUCUACAUUUCAUUUUUAUUUCUUCAUCUGCUAUACCACUCAUAGUUACCAUCUAGCACUUUUUCUAAUCAGUAAUUCGGAUUGCUUCAGCUUGAUCACGCAGGACUGGUUAUGCAGUCCUAAACUGAAUUUUCAGUUUUUCCUUUUUGGUCUUUACCACUUAGUCAAUAUUUUUAAUUUUUUUCUUUUUUAUUAGGCUUUUCAAUUUAAUGGCCCAGAUUGAACUAUUGAUUCAUAGGUUUUUGAUGAUAGUUGAGACUUUUCUUCAGGCAAGGCAGCCUGUAACAAUUAAUUUUAUCGCCAGUUUUGAAUUUUAUUUUUCUACCCUGCUGUGAUAAACAAUGUUUUACAAGUAAUUCUUAGGAUUUUCAGGAAUUUUUCAAUUUUACAAAAUAAUCUGCAAGUUUCUUAUAAGGUUUCUGACAUUCUGAUCUUUGUUCUAGAUCUAGUCAAAGUAAGUCUAAUAGUUAAGACAUUUUCUCUUACUGAGAACCUUAUUGGUUUUAAAUUUUUCUCAUCUUUUGAAUCUAUGAAUAGUUUAAACAUUCUGCUUAUUUUGAAAGUGAUUGUUUCUUUUUUGCAAUAUACUGUAUUCACCAGCACAGUGUCUGGUUUGUUUUUUGUGAGAUUCCAUAUCUUAUGUUCUAUUAGGAUAAGUUAUUUCCUCUAUAUUAUUUUUUGCAUUCAGGUCAUUGUUACUCACUUUCUUUUUCCCAUUUCAAUUUUUAAAGAGCAUUUCAUUUGUUCUCGUCCUACAUAAUAUUUUAAAAAUAAUUUAUCUUGGAUUGUUGAUGCUAUGUAAUAUAGCUUUAUGGGAAGCAGGACAUUUUCUUCCAAAAAUUUUGAAAUUGUUUUCUACUAGGUUAAUUCCGCCUUUUUAAAAAUGAGACUACUGUUACAACUUGGUUGUCUUUACUAACUUUUCUUUUGGGAUAGUUGUUCACAGGAAACUUCUACAGUCUUAGUGGCUGGUAAAUAGGUGCCUGCCUUGAUUUUUGUCCCACUUACCGUGAACUCCACAGCUUGGGUAUUAGAUCCCAGGAUUAAUGGCUCAUGGACUCUCACCAGAAAACAAAACCCCACCCACUGUGAACUCCACAGCUUGGGUAUUAGAUCCCAGGAUUAAUGGCUCAUUGACUCCCACCAGAAAACAAAAUGUAUGCUUACCUGAUAAAUUAAUUUCUUUCAUGGUGGUGAGAGUCCAUAAGACCUGCACUUUUAUAUUUUUAUAUAUUUGGCUACAGUUUUAGUAUGCACCCUGCUUGUCCUUUCUUAUUUCUUUGUGUUUCUCCUUUUCUCAGCUAUAUGUUAAACUGGGAUACAUGAGAGGUGACAAGGAAUAAAAGGUUGUGAAAUGUUAGAUAUCUUUGCCUCCUCCUAGUGGCCAGGAGUUGGUCUCUCACCACCAUGAAAGAAAUUAAUUUAUCACAUAAGCAUACAUUUUGUUAUUUUAAUAGCAAACCAAUUGGAGAUAAUCACCUAUGUUCAGUGUUUGACAUCUUGCAAAAUAAUAUAUUUAAAAUUUAGAUUAAACAAUCAGAAUUGUAAUGGAACCUGAUGAAACUAAGUUACUUGCUUUGUGCAAUAUCCUAGAAAAGAUUAAUGCAGUGCACAGUCAGAAUUAUUGAAUAUGCUUACUUGUCAUACAGGCUAAUAUAAUAAUAUAAUUUACUGUUUAAAUACCCUAUCAAUAAAAUUGUAUUUUAUUAAGAUUUA